GCCCCCUGUAGUGAUACUAGUUGGGUUGUAGUUUCAGAUGCCGUUGCUGCCAUGGACAGCUGCGCAGUGCCGGUUGAACCCGUUGUGGUAUCUGAUGCCCUCAACAGUUUGAAUGAUGCUUGCGCUGCUAUGGGUCUUGCAGAGCAGAGCCGGGGCAAGCCGGUAAUCUUGGCCCUUGAUCACCUGAUUCCUGGUCAUGACGAAGAUGAUUUGAGCUCCCAGAGCUACCGGAACCGUGCGCCAGUAGAUGAACUGAGGGGUUCCAGCCACACUGUACAGCCACUGGCCAAGGAUUUUUUCCCUCCAUUUUUGUUUAAAGAUUCUGAGAUUUGCAAUGCCAACGUUGCUUGUUUUAUUGAAGAUUCCUUCAAUUUUGUGUCUUGGGAACACCAGAACAGACUUGUUGAUAUUCCUUUUCAGCCUCAGAUGGGACAUGCCGUUGAGAGGGCGUUCACUGUUGACAUGUUGAGCCAGUCGCUUCCUGACCAUGUGAUUUGGCACGCUGCUACUGUCGCGGCCCUUGAAGUCACUCCACUUUGGACAUGUGAGGAUAUUGCAAAGGUGCACAUGUUUACUGAUGGGUCAUUCAAACGGCAAAAGGACGGGGCUGAAAGCGCCACUUGGGCUCUUGUCGCACUUGGUGAGGUGCAAGCAUUGCCCGGUCGCUUGACUAGCCAUGAACCCAAGCUUGUGCGCCUUGGAGUUGCUAGUGGGAACGUGAGCCUUGACCAGCGCUUUCCUUGGCCCAAGCCUAAACUCAGCGCAGCCAUUGCAGAGCACAUGGCCCUUUUUUUCGCGGCUCUCUUGGCUUGUAGUCUCCCGACUGGUGUUGCUGUUGAGAUUUCCUUUGACUCCGAAACCGCCGGUUUCUCAGCAGCUGGCCUGGCCAGUGCUGCUGCUGACAAUCCGCUGGCUGGCUUUGUGCGCUCGCUUGUUUUGCAUGCUCACAAUCGCUUUGCUGAUGCAAGCGCCAUGCGGUCUUUUCGCGUUGUCGGGAAGUGUGCGACUUACAACGCAAUGACCCUGAGGGAAGAAGGCAAGAUUUGUUUAACAGCUGAGCAGUUUCACAAGUCGGGCUGUGCUGUUGUUGGCAUCCAAGAGGCUCGUGGAAAGCACACUGGCCUCUCGAGCGUUGGUGCGUACAUGCGCGUUGUUUCUGCUGCUGAUGACAGGUUGGCUGGUGUGGUCAAGUCAAAGAAGGCAGUGUUGUCGGCCUCUUUUGAUCAGAGUGGUCAGCCGAUCAUCACUUGGAAGGGGCCUAACAACGCGCAAGCGUGUUUGGAUUACAUCAUGUUGCCCCAUAACUGGAGUGGGCCGGACAGCACCACUGAAACUCUUGACAUGUUUGAAAACUGCAUGAGCAUCACUGACCAUGUGCCCUUGACCUUUACGACCCUGGGUGAGCAUGAGUGUACUGUGAGCUCUUGUCGGAAGUUGGAUCCCGGUUUGGAUGUUGGCCAGAUGUUGACAAAGGAAGGGCGCGUAAAGUGUGAGCAAAUACUUGAUUCUGUGCCUGCCAUCCCCUGGGCUACUGAUAGCACCGAUCAUUGGUCACGGGUGUCAGGCUUCAUUUUGCAGCGAUUGAAAGAGGAAUUCCCGCGGCCACAGCGUCGACCAAGGAAGUCAUGCAUUGGCCAUGAAACUUGGCAGCUUAUCCAAAAACGUCGCGCUGCCCGCCGAGACAUUCAUUGUUUCCACAAAGCUGUACACGUUACUCGAUUGGCUUCUGUUUUUGUGCGUUGGCGUGAGUGGACCCAUGGUCAACAUGUCGUGCGUCGUGAAAGCUUGCCGUCCUUCAUCAAGCGCAUGAAUAAGGCUAUUGCUGUCGCCUCUUACAGAAUUCACAGUACGACCAAAGACCUCAAAAAGGCACUUGUGGCAGACAAGGCUGACUUUGUGUUGCAACUUGUUGCUAACCAGUUUACACUUGGUCCUCGGGCUUUCCAUGCUUGUUUGCGGCAAAUGACGGGAAGUCGCAAAGCGCGCAGGCCUAAUGCCAUGCAAGCACUUAAGCGGCCAGAUGGUACAUCCGUCAGGUGCCGUGCUGAAGCUGUUGAUGUUCUUGCUGGGCACUACGCGUGUGUUGAACGUGGUUUGGAAGUGACUGGAGAAGCGUUGACCCUUGCUCAUGCUCAUGCUUCUGAUGUUGGCUUGUUGCAAGGCUGUUCGGAUUUGCAUAGUGUUCCCACAUGGUAUCGUGUUGAGUCAGCUUGUAGAGAGCUGCAGUCUCACAAGGCUGUCGGCAUGGAUGGCAUCCCCGGUGAGUUGUAUAAAGUUGCUCCACGCGCUGCGACAGCUGUUCUGAUGCCGGUUCUUUUGAAGACAUGGCUUCGACACGAGCCCCCACUGCAGUGGCUGGGCGGUGAAGUGGUGCCUACACCUAAGCAUGGAGCUGAUUUGACCCACCCCAAGUCUUGGCGAAAUAUCAUGCUUUAUGAUACUGCCGCUAAGAUUUACCAGAAAUUGCUCCGAGCUGAGAUUCGUGAGCAUUGGCGCGCUCAAGACAUGCAAUGUGGCGCUCGGCCCGGGAUUUCCACAGAAAUGCCCCACCAUUUGGUUGCUUCCUUCAUUAGAUACGCCAAGCGCGCAAAGUUCCCUGCUGCUAUCUUAUUUGUUGACGGACAAGAUGCGUUUUACGCGGUGUUUCGGCAAGUCAUUUUGGGCGAGUCGACGUCUGCAGCCUGCACUUUUGUUCAGGCCAUGACAGAUGACCCUCAGCGGCAGGCAGACAUGUUGGAACUGAUCUGCUCCCUGCGUCGCAAGGAGGUUACUGGUUUGCCCCCUCAUGUUGUUCAGAGAUUGCGUGAUGCCAUGAGCACUACUUGGUUUCGAGUUCGUGGAAGCCCUAAAGUGAUCCAUACCACCUCGGGGGCUUCUCCUGGUGGCCCUCUUGCGGACUUGUGUUUCCAAGUGGGUUUUUCGUUUUUUCUGGAUCGCUUGCAUCAGGAUUUGCGUGACCUUGGUGCCGCCGCUUGUUUGUUGAAUGAUGGCGACGCAGAAUGUGAAAUGCCUAUUCCGACUUGGGUUGAUGACAUUGCUUUGUUGAUCACCCAUCCAUGCCCUGAACAGCUUGCUGAACUUGUGCCGGUCGUGGCUGAUCGUUGCCGCCGCAGACUACAAAACAUUGGCAUUCAAAUGAACAUGAA